CCAGACGCGCCAGCCCCGCCCCGCGCCGUUGCUGCUGCGACCCGCCCCCUUCACUCGCCCCCGGGCCGGGUGGGGGCUCCAGGUUCCCGCGCCCCUGGCUGCCGGUCCAGCCCCCUAGCCACCAACGCUUGGGGCCUCCUGCUCAAGAUACCUCCAGGCGCUGCGGAUGGAGGCGUGGGGGAGCCUUGGAACCUCAUAGUCUAGUUUUGAAUUCCAGCUCUGCCUGUGGCUUUGAGUCUGACAAGAUGUACCAGGUCCCACUGACACUGGACCGGGAUGGGACCCUAGUCCGGCUCCGCUUCACCAUGGUGGCCCUAGUCACGGUUUGCUGUCCACUCGUCGCCUUUCUCUUCUGCAUCCUUUGGUCCCUGCUCUUCCACUUCAAAGAGACAACGUCUACACACUGUGGGGCCACUCCCUACAGGAUGUUCUCUGCGCCCUUGGACCCCGAUGGGACCGUGUUCCGGCUCCGCUUCACAGCCUUUGUCUGGUGGGUCAUCACUUUUCCCCUGUUCGGCUUCUUCUUCUGCAUCAUCUGGUCUCUGGUGUUCCACUUUGAGUACACGGUGGCCACUGACUGUGGGGUGCCCAAUUACCUGCCAUCAGUGAGCUCUGCCAUUGGUGGGGAGGUUCCCCAGCGCUACGUGUGGCGUUUCUGCAUUGGCCUGCACUCGGCACCCCGCUUCUUGACGGCCUUCGCCUAUUGGAACCACUACCUCAGCUGUGCAUCCCCAUGUCCAGGUUACCGCCUUCUUUGCCGCCUCAACUUCAGUCUCAAUGUGGUGGAGAACCUCGCGCUGCUCGUGCUCACCUACGUCUCCUCCUCUGAAGACUUCACCAUCCACGAAAAUGCUUUCAUUGUGUUUAUCGCGGCAUCCCUCAGUUACAUGCUCCUCACCUGCAUUCUCUGGCGGCUGACCAAGAAGCACACAGUAAGUCAGGAGGAUCGCAAGUCCUACAGCUGGAAACAGCGGCUCUUCAUCAUCAACUUCGUCUCCUUCUUCUCGGCGCUGGCUGUCUACUUCCGGCACAACAUGUAUUGUGAGGCUGGAGUGUAUACCAUUUUUGCCAUCCUGGAGUACACUGUUGUCCUAACCAACAUGGCGUUCCACAUGACAGCCUGGUGGGACUUCGGGAACAAAGAGCUGCUGAUAACCUCUCAGCCCGAGGAAAAGAGAUUCUAAAUCCUUCUCUGAUGCUGGGAAGAGGCAACCCACUGCCCUUCAGAAACAAGAAGCCACUCCGGCCUUCUCCAUGUCCUCUCCAGGUGGGACCUGGGGGAGAAGAGCAGGAGUGGGCGUGACAAGGCUCACCCCAGCAUGCUGGUGUGUCCCCAACCCUCACAGGGAUUUUCAAGAAACAUCACCACUAACGGAAAGGUCCUCAGAACUGCGCUGGCAGGAAAGCUCCACCAUUUGGUGCUAAAAAAAAAAAAAAAAAAAAGGUCCUGAGGUUCAUGACUAUCAUUUAGUUUUUGACCUUUAAAUAGACACUUUUCACUGAGGUUAGGAACCACUGAGCAAUGGCUGCUACCUGAAGAUCACAGCCAUUUCGCUCUAGGUCAUUCAUUUGACUGAUGUGUCUAGUGAUCUACUAGAGUGGUUGUAGUUCUAUGAAUUGCCCAGGUGUUCCAGAUGUAUGUUCUUCCCAUCAGCCUCACUGUGUUCCUGUGUAUGCCUGCGGGGAAGGCUUUGCCGGCAUCUCUGAGGUCAUCUGAUGGAAGUAGUGCUCUGUACUUGACAGAUGACUUGUCCCAGAAGCAUCAAGCAUAGGAUGUAUUUUCCUUCCCAUCUACAACCACUGGCUUUUUGGGCGAGCUGAAAUAUGCCUGUAAGCUUAGCACACUGGAGGCUGAGACGGGUGGACUGCAUCAAGAUCCAUGCCAACCUGGGCUGCAGUGAGACCUUGUCUCAAAAAUGAAAUGUCAGGCAUGGUGGCACAUGCCUUUAAUCCCAGCACAGCAGAGGCAGGCAGAUAUCUGUGUAGACUGGUCUAUACACUGAGUUCCAGGCCAGUCAGGGCUAUACAGAAAGACCCUGUCUCAGAAAAAAAACCAAAAUAAUCAGCCUCUAAAAUCACAGGCAUAUUAAGACCUUUCCCUCUGACAAGGGGGCAGAGGUAGAUUUCCCUAUUCAAGAAUGGGUUCCUUGAUUUCCUUCAUUUUCUGUACUGCCCCAGAUCCCCAGCUUGGAUUUGUAUAUUUUAUCUCAAAGGACAAUAAAUUUUUUUCUUUUGCCAACAA